CUGCUCAAGCCCGGUCCCGUGGGCGCCGUGUUCCAGAGCGGCGGCUCCCUGGGCAACUGGAUGAAGGGCGCGGCGGAGCGCGGCGUCGGCUUCAGCUACGCGAUUUCCAGCGGCAACGAGGUGAGCCUGGACGUGGUCGACUACAUGUCCUUUCUCAUCGACGAUGCCGACACGAAAAUCAUCGUGCUCAUGGUGGAGGGGAUACGGCGCCCGAAGACGUUCCUGGAAACGGCUGCCCGGGCGCUGGAGAAGGACAAGCCCAUCAUCGUGGUGAAGCUCGGCCGUUCGGAGAUGGGCAAGCGCCAGGCCAUUUCGCACACCGGCUCUUUGGCAGGGGACGACGAGGUCUUCUCGGCGGCGUGCGACCGCUACGGCAUGGUGCGCUGCCACAGCCUGGAGGACCUCACGGAGAUGACGCUGGCAUUCCUGCCGGGCCGGCGGCCCCGGGGCGGGCGCGCGGCCAUCGUGGUGAACUCCGGCGGCAUGAAAGGGAUCCUGCUGGACCACAUCGAGGAGGUGGGCAUCGAACUGGCCACCCUGAGCGACGCGUCCAACGCCGCCCUGCGACCCCUCAUCCCCGACGACCUGGUAGUAGAGAACCCGCUGGAGUGCGGCGUGGCCGGCUUCGGCAACGAGAACACCUUCGCCGAGAUCGUGCGCAUUCAUGCGGAGGAUGACGGCGUGGACCUGCUGGCCAUUCAUGGCGAGCUUCCGCGCUUCGGCGAGAAGCGCAACCCGGAUCUCCUGAAGAACAUCUCUCGAAGCAUCGACAAACCCGUCGUGGCCCACGCCCGUUCCACCUACAGCCUGAUGGAGGAGAGCCGCGUCUUCCAGGAGGCUUCGGAGAUACCGCAUCUGCAGGGCAUCAAGGCCACGCUACGGGCGCUCAAUGGACUAGGCGCCUACGGGCAUCGCCGGCGCAUGGGCAUUCCCGGAAUCCCCGCGGCCGACGGCAAGCCGGAAGACCUGGAGGGGGCCGUCUGGCAGCGGCAGUUGGCCGCCUGCGGCCUGACGACGCCACAGGAAGCCGUGGCCGACACCCCGGCGGACGCCGCCGCCAGGGCCGGGGAGAUGGGCUUCCCGGUGGUGCUGAAGAUCCAGUCGCCGGAGGUCGUGCACAAGACCGAAGUGGGUGGCGUGGUGCUGGGGCUGGAUUCGGCCGACCGGGUGGAGCAGGCCGGGGCGGAGCUGCUGGCCAAGGGACCGGCCGGGUCAAAGCUGCUGGUGCAGGAAAUGGUCGGCGGCACCGAGGUCAUCCUCGGAGCCCGGGUCGACCCGCAGUACGGCCCCUUCGUCAUGGUGGGUCUGGGCGGCAUCUUCGUGGAGGUGCUGAAGGACGUGGCGUUGCGUCUCCUGCCGGUCACCACCGAGGAUGCGCAAGCCAUGCUCCGGGAGCUCAAGGGCUACAAGAUCCUUGAGGGAGUCCGCGGACAGAAGCCGCGAGACGUCGAGGCGCUGGUCCGGGCCAUCACCGGCAUUUCGGAUCUGUUCGCCGCACAUCGAGCCCAUCUGAGCGAUCUGGAGGUCAAUCCGUUGAUCGUCAAGGAGGCGGGCGGGGGAGUGGCGGCGGUGGAUGUAAGACUCGUCAGCCACCGGUAA